CCCCGUGACCCCCUCCCCGUCCCCACCCCCGCCUCCUCCCCGCUCGCUUUCGGAUCUCGCCCUGCCGGCCGCUGCCGGACGCGCACGCGGCGGCGACCGGGUCAUCUCCCCCUCCCCUCCCUCGCGCGCGCGCCUGGUUAUUAUUACCGCCGCCCGCCGCAAGCAUUGCGGGGGGAUCUGCCGCCUCACCUCUCCCCGACCGACCUGCUCGCGCGACGCUGCACGCUGCCCGACCCCCUGCCUGGAGCGGAGCUGGAAGCCGGAGCUGUGAGCCGGCGCCACCGCCCGCCAUUCCCCGCGCCCCCGGAUCUGAGCUCCAGCACGGCGGCGGCGAUUGGUGGAUGGGAGCUGGGGCCUGGGCCUGACCGAGGCGCACCGCACGUCUCCGCCGUCUCCGGGGAGGCGAGGAUGGCGUCGGCCGCGCCGCAGCAGCUCGGCGUCAACGGCUCCGCGGCCGCCACGCCGCUGCACGGCCCCGCGGCGGCCGACGGGUACGACAGCGACGGCAGCUACAACUUCGCGCCGCCUACUCCAUCGACAUUGUCCAUGUCCAUACCCCCGGAGCUUGCUGGAGCAAUCCCGCUAAUCGACAGGUUCCAGGUGGAGGGAUUUCUCAAGGCAAUGCAAAAACAGAUUCAAUCAUCUGGAAAGCGUGGCUUUUUUAUUAAAAAAUCAGUGGGUCCGCAAGUUCGUGAGAAGUUCACUUUGGAAGAUAUGUUGUGUUUCCAAAAGGAUCCUAUUCCAACUUCGUUACUGAAAGUACCUAAUGACCUUGUAAGCCGCUCAAUUAAAUUAUUCCAUGUCAUAUUAAAGUACAUGGGCGUCGAUUCACCUGCAAUAAUAAGUUUGGAAGAAAGAAUUGAACUUGUUGCAAAGCUUUAUAAGCAUACUUUGAAGCGGUCCGAACUUCGAGAUGAGCUAUUUGCGCAGAUUUCAAAACAAACACGUAACAAUCCCGAUCGGAGUUGGUUGAUAAGAGCUUGGGAGCUAAUGUAUUUAUGUGCAUCUUCCAUGCCACCAAGCAAAGAUAUCGGGGCAUACUUGUCUGAGUAUGUUCACUAUAUUGCUCAUGGAGCCACAACAGAUUCAGAUGUUCGAGUUCUAGCACUGAACACACUAAAUGCAUUAAAACGCUCGGUUAAGGCAGGCCCACGGGUUGCAAUUCCUGCGCGGGAGGAGAUAGAAGCUCUUUUAACCAGCCGGAAGCUUACAACAAUUGUCUUUUUCUUGGAUGAAACAUUUGAAGAGAUCACCUACGACAUGGCAACAACAGUUGCCGAUGCUGUUGAGGAACUUGCUGGCAUUAUCAAACUUUCAGUAUAUUCCAGUUUCAGUCUUUUUGAAUGCCGAAAGAUUGUUAAUGGAUCUAAGUCUUCAGAAGUUGGCAACGAGGAAUACAUUGGGUUAGACGAUAACAAGUACAUUGGGGACUUGCUAUCUGAAUUCAAGUCAGCUAAGGAUCGCAACAAAGGAGAAAUUUUGCACUGCAAACUUGUAUUUAAGAAACGCCUCUUUCGUGAGUCUGAUGAGGCUGUGACUGAUCCGAUGUUCGUUCAGCUAUCAUAUGUCCAGUUACAACAUGAUUAUAUUCUAGGCAACUACCCAGUUGGCAGGGAUGAUGCUGCACAACUCACUGCCCUGCAAAUAUUGGUUGAGAUUGGAUUCAUUGACAAUCCUGAGUCGUGUGUUGAAUGGAUAUCUCUUCUAGAGAGGUUUCUACCUAGACAAGUUGCAAUUACUAGAGCAAAGCGAGACUGGGAGCUCGACAUCAUCUCACGCUAUCAGUUAAUGGAACACUUGUCAAAAGAUGAUGCAAGGAACCAGUUUCUCAGAAUCCUAAGAACUCUUCCAUACGGCAAUUCAGUUUUCUUCAGCGUUCGGAAAAUUGAUGACCCAAUAGGACUUCUACCUGGAAGAAUCAUUUUGGGAAUCAACAAACGAGGGGUUCACUUUUUUCGUCCGGUUCCCAAGGAAUACCUACAUUCUGCAGAGCUGAGAGACAUAAUGCAGUUUGGGAGCAGCAAUACUGCUGUUUUCUUUAAGAUGCGAGUUGCUGGUGUCCUUCAUAUCUUUCAGUUUGAAACCAAGCAGGGUGAAGAAAUAUGCGUAGCACUUCAAACACAUAUAAAUGAUGUGAUGCUCCGCAGAUAUUCAAAAGCACGGUCUGGCUCUGCUACUAGCACGGUUUCUCAGAAUGAUGUUUCUCAAGCAGAUAAGCCACCAAAUGCUGAAAUGUAUGACAAACGUGUCCAAGAACUGUCAAAAGUAGUUGAUGAGUCUCAGAAGAAAGCAGACCAGUUGCGGGAUGAGUUACAGAGGAAGACACAACAAGAAAGAGAGAUGCAAGAAGAAUUGGAAGGGCUAAGAGACACCUUACAAUCUGAACGACAUAUCAUUAAAGAAGUAACAAGUGAGCGGGAUAGGCUAAAAUCCCUAUGUGAUGAAAAGGAAUCUUCUUUGCAGGUUGCAUUGGUGGAGAAAAAUAGACUGGAGACCAAAUUAACAAAUGGUCAGGGCCAAGAGAACAAUACCAAAACAGACUUAUCUGGAAAUCAUUGUGAAAGAGAUACUUUGACGACCGUAGGCAGCGUCAACAGUGGCAUUGAGAUGUUGACUAAGCUCGAGGAGGAGUUGAAAUCUUGUCAAAAAGAGCUUGCUGCAUCAAAAGAAGUAUCAAAGAAGUUAAUUAUGGAAAGGAAUAUGCUCGAACAGAGGAUUCAAAGGCUUGAGAGGGCAAAAAGUGAAGAGAAAAGUACAAUGCAAAGAGUUUAUGAGGAUGAAUGUCGUAAGUUAAAAGCUCAUACAGCUACACUGGAGCAAAAAUUGGAAAGCACAACACAGUCAUUAAAUGUUGCUGAAUCAACUCUUGCCUUGAGAAAUACUGAGGUGGAUACAUUGCAAAAUACUCUCAAGGAGCUUGAUGAGUUAAGAGAGUUUAAAGCGGAUGUGGACAGAAAGAACCAACAGACCGCUGAGAUUCUUAAAAGGCAAGGAGCACAGUUGGUUGAGCUUGAAAGUCUUUAUAAGCAAGAACAGGUUUUGCGAAAACGUUACUAUAACACAAUUGAAGAUAUGAAAGGAAAAAUAAGAGUUUUUUGUCGCUUGCGUCCUCUAAACGACAAGGAACUUUCUUUAAAGGAUAAGAAUAUUGUAUGCAGUCCUGAUGAAUUUACAAUUGCACAUCCGUGGAAAGAUGACAAGUCAAAGCAACACAUAUAUGAUCGUGUUUUCGAUGCAUAUACGACUCAAGAAGAUGUUUUUGAGGACACCAAGUAUCUAGUACAAUCAGCUGUUGAUGGAUAUAAUGUUUGUAUAUUUGCUUAUGGUCAAACUGGUUCCGGGAAGACUUUUACAAUAUAUGGUUCAGACAACAAUCCUGGUCUUACUCCAAGGGCUACAUCAGAACUUUUUAGGGUGAUAAAGCGUGAUGGCAACAAGUAUUCAUUUUCCUUGAAGGCAUAUAUGGUGGAACUUUAUCAAGAUAAUCUUGUGGACCUGUUGUUGCCCAAAAAUGCUAUGCGACAAAAAUUAGAAAUAAAAAAGGACUCCAAGGGUGUUGUUACUGUUGAAAAUGUCACAGUUGUAAACAUUUCAAGUUUUGAAGAAUUGAAAACUAUAAUAACAAGAGGUUCUGAGAGAAGGCACACUGCUGGAACAAAUAUGAAUGAUGAGAGCUCAAGAUCUCAUUUAAUCCUUUCAAUAAUUAUUGAAAGCACCAAUCUCCAAACUCAAUCUUAUGCAAGAGGAAAGCUAAGUUUUGUGGAUCUUGCUGGUUCUGAGAGGGUGAAAAAGUCCGGUUCAGCAGGAAAACAAUUAAAAGAAGCACAGAGCAUCAAUAAAUCCCUUUCUGCAUUGGCUGAUGUUAUUGGUGCUUUAUCUUCUGAUGGACAACAUAUACCUUACCGGAACCAUAAGUUGACAAUGCUUAUGAGUGAUUCACUUGGAGGCAAUGCAAAAACCCUGAUGUUUGUGAAUGUUUCACCAGCGGAAUCAAACUUGGAGGAGACUCACAACUCACUCAUGUAUGCUUCACGAGUACGUUGCAUUGUCAACGACACGAGCAAGCACGUUUCCCCCAAAGAAAUCAUGCGGUUGAAGAAGUUGAUUUCUUACUGGAAGGAGCAAGCAGGCAAGCGGAGCGAGGGCGAUGAACUGGAGGAAAUACAGGAAGAGAGGAUAUCAAAAGAGAAAGCUGACACCCGGUUGACCGCUUGAGGGCGAGAUACCACUGCUGAUGCCCUCCCUGAAUGCACCUGGUUUGUGUUCUCGCACCCAGCCUCAGAGGUGACCCAGUGCUGUCGAGCAUUCACAACACCGACGUAGCUGAUGGAAAUGUUCCGGUAUCAUCUGAAAAUGUUGCACACCAAUUGUAUAGUUAGCGAUUAUAUAUUAUGGCGGCGGCGCCUGUUUGUACAAAGAGCCUGUAGUACACAUUCAUAGGAGAAGGGAUGAAGAGUUUUUAGGAGAGAAAA